UCCAUCAAUUGCGAUGACAUCUCGGGGAAAAAGGCGGCAACAAAGAUGCCCAUCUUUCCUGUGAACGGACCUCAUGUCUGUCCACUGUGUCCGGACAAGAGGAGUUACAAAUUCGAUUCCUCUUUACGAAAGCAUUUGCGUCUCUACCACCCAAACUACAAGCGUAGAACAAGUGCCGCCACACAACAUCUGUCAGAACAAGAAGGGGAGGGACGAAGAGUGGAGAUUGCCAGGGAUGAAAGUGAAAAGACUGAUGUAAUUUUCGCUAUCGUUUGGUGCAUUCUUGUCUUGAAAUAUCCCGUUCUUAUUCCUGCAGUGUCAACAGUAAUUGCAAUGGAAUUCUGGAAACUUCUUAGAGCUGAAGGAUGUCAGUCUGAAGGGAAGAGUAGUAUGGCACUGACCAAAUUUCAAUUCACGAAAUUGAUGAAUAAUUAUGAAGUGAUAACCGCUGUGGAUGAGGCAGUCUUAUCUGACGAUGCAGAAAUAGGCAAAGAAAUUUCUUCAGUUCUCUUGAAAGUGUACAUCAUGAAACCCAGAGAGAAAAGUAUAUCCGCACCACCCACUAGUCAACCCUGCGGUGUCUACUUGCGGGAACUCGAUAAAUAUUUGUAA